UGCCUCUGCAGACUGAUCUUUGAACCUGAUCUACCUCUGAUAGUCCUGAUCGAUCACUCAGAGCACGUAGGAAAGGACUUACUAUCAACACCACCCCCUCUCAAAAUAACCCUAUACUACAAAAAGCGCAUUUCUGCUGUGACUCUUCAUGGAUCUGGACGCUCCUUGGAUAUAAUGAAUUUUGGCUCAAGUGAAAAACUUUUAAAGGAGCAGAAGUAGCAGAUUUUAAGUCACUUGGUGGAAACUUUUUUUUCUUUUUAAAAAGCAAGAAUGUGGUGUUUUAAUAGUUUUAUUGCGUGCGCUUUGGUUUGUAUUACAGCGUGCCACAUUGUGCAUGUGAGUGAACGGGAUGGGCAGGGGUUUCUAGAGACUAUUUUACAUUAUUAUGGGGAAAAUAAAUCCAUCUCAACGGAGAAUCUGGAAGAUUUACUGCUGCUGCUCUCAGCCAGAAGACCUGCGUCAAUAAUAUAUGGAAACCCGCUGGAAAACAAGGAGUGUCCCUCAGCAGACCAGAUCUUGUCUCAAUUCGGGUUCAGUAAUGUCAGUCAGCUGACUGUGGGACAUCUGGGGAAGAUCUGUCCCGCCGUGUUGACCCAGGUGCUGCUGCCCUCCUGUCCAUACUCCACCCCCAAGUCUGUGCCGCCUCUCGACUACACUGUGUGGGGUUACGGGUUCCUGGCGGUCACUGUGAUCAACUUGGCGUCUCUACUCGGUCUCCUGCUGAUCCCCUUCACCAAGAAAUCUUACUUCCCCAAAGUGUUGACCUACUUCAUCGGCCUGGCCAUCGGGACGCUCUUCUCCAACGCUGUGCUUCAGCUCAUACCAGAGGCCCUCGGUUUUGAUCCCAAAUUGGACAACUAUGUGGGGAAUGCAGUUGGAAUAUUUGGCGGGUUUUAUAUCCUUUUCUUUAUGGAGAAGAUACUGAAAAUGGCUCUUCGGGUCGACCAUGAGCACGGCCACAGCCACUUCACUCCUUCAGAGCAGCCUCAAGAAAACUCCCUGCACAACGGAGACAUACUGGAGAAAAAGGACUCCAUUGUUUUGACCAGCAUCAACGCUAUCGCCAACGACAAGAGCAACCCGAACCCGGACCCUUCACAUGCGAACGUGGUGAUCUCUCAGGAAGUCCAGGUGUCGAACGUUAUGUGUCAUUGGCUGCGCGGGAAACAUGUCAGCAACAUCAAGACGGUGGCGUGGAUGAUCACUCUGAGCGACGCGUUGCAUAACUUCAUCGAUGGCCUGGCUAUCGGCGCCUCGUUCACGGUGUCGGUACUGACAGGGUUCAGCACGUCCACCGCCAUAGUAUGUGAGGAGUUUCCCCAUGAGCUGGGUGACUUUGUGAUCCUGCUGAACGCUGGUAUGACCGUCCCACAAGCCAUAUUUUUCAACUUGUUGUCAGCGGUGUCGUGUUACGUAGGCCUCGUGCUUGGUAUCCUACUCGGGAGCAACUUUGCCCCCAACGCAAUCUUUGCCAUCGCAGGAGGAAUGUUCCUGUACAUUGCGCUGGCAGACAUGUUUCCAGAGAUGGACAACAUAGCAAAGGAACAGACAAAAAGGUCCGAAAAGAUAAUCUUCUUCCUGAUCCAGAAUGCAGGACUGCUCACCGGGUUCACCAUCAUACUGCUGAUCACCAUGUUUGCAGGAGAGAUCAACCUGGGAUAGAUGGAAGGAGACAGAGAAACACAAACUGGUAUUAAAAAGUAGUUAUGAGCUGCUUCUGUUUCUGCUCACCGCUUGGCUGAGUGGGAAAGUGAAUGUUAAGUGAAUGUUUUGUACAAACAAAACUAUAUGUUUGAAGAAAUUAAAUGUUUUCAUAUCUUUUGACUAUCAAUAUACACCGAUCAGCCACAACAUUAAAACCACUGACAGGUGAAGUGAAUAACAUUGAUUAUCUGGUUACAAUAGCACCUGUAAAGGGACGGGCAUGGUCAGAGCAUCUCCAAAACAUCAGGUCUUGUGGGGUCUUCCCGUUACGUAGUGGUCAGAACCCACAAAAAAUGGUCCAAUCGGUGAACCUCUGACAGGUUCAUGGGCUCCCAAGGCUCAUUGAUGUGCUUGGUGAGUGAAGGCUAGUCCAUGUAGUCCGAUCCUAACAGAAGAGCUACUGUAGCACAAACUGCUGAAAAAGUUAUUCAGGUGGCACAGAGUUCAUCACAGUUUUUAUUUAUGCUAUGCAAAAACACGAACUGUAAUGCAUUCUGCAUAGUCACAAACCGGUCACGGUGACCUUUGUCCGCCACCGAAAGCGCCUAUAAUUGGGAAUGUGAGUUUCAGAAUAGGGAGUGUGGAGCAAUGGAAGAAAGUGGCUCGGUCUGUUGAAUCACGUUUUCAUUGACAUCAUGUGGACAGUAGCGUGUGUGUGUAUUGUUUACUUGGGGAAGAGAUGGCACCAGGAUGCAGUAUAGGAAGAGUCCUGAUGUUCAUGUAGAUGUUAAUGUAUCACCUACCUAAACAUUGCAGACCAAGUACUCCCAUUCAUGGCAACUGCACCCUGCAAAACUGCUAAAAUUUUUCACAACUCAUUUCUGGUACAUGACAAAGACUUCAAGGUGUUACCUCAGCCUCCAAACUCCCGAGAUCUCAAUCCAAUCGAGCAUCUGAGGGAUGUGCUGCAAAAACAAGUCUGAUCCACGGAGGCCCGACCACGCCACCUCCAGGAGGAUCUGCUGCUAAUGUCUUGGUGCCAGAUACCAGAGGACACCUUCAGAGGUCUAGUGGAGUCCAUGCCUCGAUGGGUCAGAGCUAUUUUGGCAGCACAAGGACGGACCUAUAAUUACGCAGGUGGUUUUAAAGUCGUGGCUGAUCGGUGUAGAGGAAUGUUUACUUCAUUUAAAAAAAAGGGAAAAUCUUUACAAUCAUUUGAUGUAUGAAAUCUAGUAAAAUUUGUUUUAAGGAGACAAUAAAUUAUUUUUUCAGUCUUCA